UCUUGGGCCGCUCCCGCAGCAUAUGGGGAAGUUCCCAGGCUAGGGGUCGAAUCGGAGCUGUAGCCGCCGGCCUAUACGAGAGCCACAGCAAUGUGGGAUCCGAGCCGCGUCUGCGACCUAUACCACAGCUCAAGGCAACACCGGAUCCCCAACCCACUGAGCAAGGCCAGGAAUCGAACCUGCAACCUUAUGUUCCUAGUCGGAUACGUUAACCACUGCACCAUGAGGCAACUCCUCAAUAUUCUUUAUUGACCAUUUCUUAAGUGUGAAAUCUGAUGAGUUUAAAAGAAAUAUUUAUAUACAAGAAUGUCCACUAAAAGAUUAAUUUAGAACAAAAGGAAACAAUUCUGAUACUCAAUAUUAAAACUACUAACUUUAUCAUUUUUUUCUUUACAUAUUCAUAUAUAAUAAGUAAAGCUGUGUUUGUGAAGAAUAUUUAAUAACAUGAGGAAAAGACAUUGUAAGUACUCUAAAAACAAUUGCAUGAAUAAUGUGAGGAUAAGUGAGGAAAAUAUCGAAUGUUAUUUACGUAUAAAAUUAAUUUCACAAAGUAUAAAUAACUGCUUUACAUAUCUAUAUAUGUACAAACAGAUUGUAAAUAAAUUUAAUAAGAUAAGAAUAACGAUGAACUCUGUGAUAUGAUUCUAGGAAAUCUUGCAUUCUUAUAUUUGUCUUUUGCUUCUAGAUGAAUGCAGAGAAUAAAUGCAUGUUUUUAUUUUAUUACUAUUAAUGUAAUGUUAUUAUCUUUAAAGACAAAAAUACUAAAUAACAAUUCUCCACAUUUUAAAAUGAUUCCUUGAUAGCAGGAAGUGAAACAGUCAUAGCCUAAAACAACAUCAUUAAAUAUAAUGUCUUUGUGUUACGAUUUUCUUCUUAAAGUAAGCAUUCAAACAGUGGUGUGGAGUUAUUUGCAAAUCUCAUUCCACCAUGAACUCUGAACUGAGAACACAGACUAUGUAUUUUUAUGGUAUGCAGCGGUGUACCACCCCGCAAUGUUAAGUGGGAGUCAGUGUAUUGGGCAGCAUGAGCAUUGGGGUCCACGGGUAGAAAGAAGGAGCUGAGGACAACUUUGGAGGCACUAAGUGGGAAGAUGUGUGGCUCUCAGGAAACCACCAUAUCAGCCUCAGAGAGCAAUCCCUGCACAGGCACACCUUAUUAAAAGUGGCCGACACUUAGGCGAACCCUUUAUGCUACAAGAGAAGGUCAGCAGGAUUUUCUAGGAAGGUGUUGCUACAUCCUAUCACAUCCUGGCACCCUCUUAUAGAAAAGACAGGUGCCUUCCCUAGGCCAAGAGGGAAAGACACUUAAGGUAUUCCUAGGGAAUAUAUUAAACGUCACAUAAAAAACAUUCACAUUACAAAAAAUUGAUAUCUCCUAAGAAGAUACGAUUCUAGUCAUUUCCUGAAGUAACCCAGAUGCCCUGGAGAUACCAUUUGUAGCUAGAAAACAUUUGAAAAGCUAACAUUUUAGUUAUUUUGUGACUGUUAGAAUUGACUAAGGAUGAACAAUUGCCCUAAAUGCUAAAAUGACAACUUUUCUGGAAACACGUAAGCUUGGGAUCCAAUUUGAACUGGCUCAAAUUCCAGCUCUGAUAUUUCUUAGAAUUUCAACGUUACCCUCAUCUCUAAGAGGGGUGAGUGAAUAGAUAAGAAAUGUGGAAAUGAAAACUUGAUCAAGGGCUUCCUGGAAGGUGAUGAAAUGAUGUCUUCUUUGACGUGAUCCUCAGAGGAAGGAACACAAGGAGGCAACCUUGUAGGGAAACUCCUGAGGAUGGUUUGUGGGUUUUCAGCUUUUAAGAAUAUUCACACUUAAUAGCAAGUUUUAUUUAUUCUCCAUGCCAUACUUAGUCCUUGUUAAAAUUACUGCCUGACAACACUUGUUCUUUGGGGGGAUGAGCACAGAAUUUGAGUCUCUUCUUGGGCCAGACUGUGGAGAACAAGAGAGAUGUCCUGUAGCACUGAUAGGGUAGCUGUGAUUAACGAAUUCCCAAUGGUAAGGUGUGUCUUCAGAGAAAGAAAUCAUGGCAAAGAAAGCAGCGCUUUCCCCAGGAAAUAUUCUUCCUCAUUUGCAUCUUGGAGGAUGUAGAUUUUAUGUUAUUAAGGGAGUUGGAAAGCAGCCCAGAAGGCAUUUGGGAGCUGAAAUAUCUAUGCAUAAACUACAGAACACCAAUGAGGUUAUGUAAGGAUUUUAGUGCAAAGCCUAAGUACGGGAUUCUGUUCCCUGGGGAAAACAUCCCAUUUGUUAGGAUCUGGGGAAGGCUUAGGAAGGGUGGGACAUUAGACAAUGGAUGGAGGUUAAAAUGGGAAAUCAAGAAAGGAAACAAAACAGGCUGUUCAACCUGAUUCACAAGAGAAACACAAAUGCCAGCAGUUCAGUAUAUUAUUUAUCAUGAAAGGAGUGCAAAGAAAUCUGGAGGAUGAAGGGCUUCGGGAGAUUUUAUGAUAACUCUGUGAUACUGCUCCCAGGUCACUCAAACAAUGAAAACUUCUUCAGGAUGUUGGGGGAUUAAGAAAUUAUUUGAAGGGGACAAGUGUUGCAAAGCAGAGAAAAUAGUAAGAAUAAGAAACUGGUGGUAUUUUAUUGCCCUUAGGUAUGAGAAUGAUAUGUUGCUGUGCUGUAACGACAAGAGGGGAUAUACAUUUUUAUCCAUUUUUUUCUGUUUAUUGACAUUUGUGAAUCUCCUACUCAACACUGAGUACUGGGGAUACCAAAUCUCUGGGUUUUUUUAAAUUGGUCUGUGCUGGAGUGGACAUCAUACUUCAGAUGAAUAUUUUUCAUAAACUAUGUUCUGAAGAGCAAGGGAAAACAGAGCCCAGGGAAAUGAAGCAUCAUGCACUCACUUACAUCGUGACUAAUGAUGACCCAGAAAAAUGUGCUUCUCCUGGCUUGUUUUGCUACUUCUCUAUACAUAGCUUAUUGAAAUAUUAUUUUUAUAUUUUAUUCCUCAGAUUCAACGUUUAUGAUUUAUAAUACAGACUUCUUAUGUAUCUGACAACUGUGAUGAAAAAUCAUUCUGCUAUCACUUCCUUCAUCCUACUAGGAUUAACAGAUGACCCACAACUCCAGGUGUUUCUUUCAGUAUUCCUGUUUCUGACCUACAUUUUCACUGUUGUUGGAAAUCUGGUCAUCAUCCUCCUCACUCUGGUGGACUCUCACCUUAAAACACCCAUGUACUUUUUCCUUCGGAAUUUCUCCAUCCUAGAGAUAAUAUUUACAACCGUCUGUGUUCCUCGAUUCCUGUACAGCAUGACAACUGGGGACAAAAGUGUGACCUAUAAUGCCUGUGUCAUUCAGUUAUUUUUCGUCAUCCUCAUCGGGGCAACAGAAUUUUUUCUCCUAACCGCCAUGUCCUAUGACCGCUACGUGGCCAUCUGCAAGCCCCUGCACUACACCGCCAUCAUGAAUGGAAGGAUAUGCACCGUUCUUGUCCUUGGCUGUUGGCUGAUUGGGUUAAUUGUCGUACUCCCACCUCUCAGCCUAGGAGUUCAGCUAGAUUUCUGUGACUCCAAUCUCCUUGACCAUUUUGGCUGUGAUGCAUCUCCUCUUCUAAAGAUCGUGUGCUCAGACACUCAGUUUGUAGAACAACUUGUUUUAAUCAUGGCUGUGCUGACCCUCAUGGUCACACUCGUCUGUGUGAUUGUGUCCUACACCUACAUCAUCAAGUCCAUUUUAAGGCUCCCUUCAGCCCAGCAGAGAAAAAAGGCUUUCUCCACCUGUUCUUCCCACAUCAUUGUGGUCUCCAUCACCUAUGGAAGUUGCAUCUUUAUCUAUAUCAAACCGGCAAAGGAAGGAGUGGCCAUUAAUAAGGCGGUGUCCCUGCUCAACACUUCAGUUAUUCCUCUGAUGAACCCUUUCAUUUAUACGCUACGGAAUAAGCAAGUCAAACAAGCCUUCGGGGACCUAAUAAAAAAGAUGGCUUUUCUUUCAAAGGAUUAGGCAAUGAUUGUAAAAAUUUAAAAUUUACACAUAUAAAUAUUUCAUCUUUUACUGUGUUCUAAUUCAAAUCAAGGGUACAGUCCUGAAUUUAGAGCCUAACUUAGCACCAAAAUUUCUCUUCUAUUACUCUGAGGACCAUGGACUAAAGAAAGAACUGUAGCCUUAAUUCAAAUAGACCUUUCUGAAAAAUAAUGGCUGUGGGUAUAUGUAUAACUGAGUCACUUGUUAUACAGAAGAAAUUAUCACAACAUUUUAAAUCAACUAUGCUUCAAUAAAACUCAAAAAAAUAGACAUUUCAUUGUCAUUCACUUUUCUAAGUGAGCAUGAAUAUAAAUUUCCAGAAGGUCCAAAUAAUACCUCAUCAUGCUUAUGUCUGAAUCACAAAAAUGCAGUAACCAAAAUAAGAGUGGUCUUUUUCCAAUUGUUUCUUUAAAUGUAUAGCUUUUCCAGGUCAAAUAUUAUUUAUCUCAUGAUUCCUUCCUAUUCUACCAUCCACUGUUUCUAAAACAGGAAAAUGGGUAGGGAUAAUUUGUUUCUCUUUUCUAUUGAUUGAUUGUCUUUUGGCUUUUUAGGGCCACCCCUAUGGCA